AUGAGAGCAUAAGAAAUAUUUUUUAUUUUCUUUUUAAUUUCAUUAAUAACUGCAAAAGCUACUGAUGUAGAUCCUAUUUCUUAAAAAGUUCUUCCUAAACCCAAAAAUUACACAUAUGGGACAGAAAAUUUUGUAAUAACUGAUCCUUGUAUCAUACAAUAUAAACCUUUAGGCUAAAAAAUACCUAGUUAAGUAUAUGAAAUAAUAGAUUUUUAUAAAACAAAGAUAUUUUAAUAAUAAUAAUCUUGCUAAUAAUAAAAAAGAAAAUUAUUAACUAAAAUUGAUACUAUAUAAUAAUAAAAAUAAUAACAUUAAUAAUAAUAAAUAAUAUUUGAAAUAAAUAUAAAGGAUACUAAUAUAACUACUUCUAAAUCUAAAGAAGAUGAAAAAUACACUCUAAAACUCGUUAAUAGUACUUAUUGGAGUUUAGAUGCUGAUAAAUACGUAGGCUUUUUGAGAGGAAUUGAAACUUAUUCCUAGUUAAUCGAAAAAAACUAAACAUCAGGCUAAUUUUUUAUCCAAAAUUUACCUAUCUAAAUAGAUGAUAUGCCUGAUUAUUUUUAUAGAGGUUUAAUGAUAGAUACUUCAAGACAUUUCUUUUCUGUUAAAUCAAUUUUAGAUACUAUAGACUCUAUGCUUUAUAAUAAACUCAAUUUUCUCCAUUGGCAUAUUACAGAUGCUGACUCAUUUCCUUUUCCUUUAAAAUCAUUUCCUAAUAUAACUACUUUUGGUUCUUUAUCUUCUUAUUAAUAAUAUACUUUUGAUGAUGUUUAAAAAAUCAUCACUUAUGGUAUUUUAAAAGGAGUUUAAAUUAUUCCUGAAAUCGAUUCUCCUGGUCAUACAUUAUCUUGGGGAAAGAGUUAAUAAUUUUAAAAUAUAACUUUAAAUUGUGGGGGUUAUUAAGGUUAACUAGAUCCUAGUUUAGAUUAAACAUAUGAAGCUUUGAAAGGUAUUUUAGAAGAUAUGAAAGAUUAGUUUUCAAAUUCUGAUUUUGUUCAUUUUGGAGGGGAUGAAGUGGAUGAGUAAUGCUGGGAUUAAAGAGUUACUAUAAAAUAGUUUAUGGAAUAAAAAAAAAUUAGUACCUAUUCUUAGUUAUAAGAUUAUUAUAGAUUUGAAUAGAAAAAAUUAUGGAGAAAUAUUUCUAAAAAACCAGUUAUUUAUUGGGCUAAUGAUAAUAUUAAUGUUUAAGAAGAUGAUAUUAUUUAAUGGUGGGGAUAUUCCAACAGUAUUGCUAAUAUUUUAAAAGGCAAAAAAAUAAGAUUAUAUUGUCUUAUUAUGAUAAACUUUAUCUAGAUGUGGGUUAUGGUAAUCGUUACGGAGGAAGUUAUGGAACAAUGUAUAAUUGGGAUGUUAUAUAUUCAUUUGAUCCUAAAGUUAAAGGGCUUGAAAAUCAAAUAUUAGGAGCUACAAGUUGUAUUUGGAGCGAAAUGAAUGACGAAUUUAGUCAGUCUACAAGAAUAUGGGGUAGAAAUAGUGCUUUUGCACAAAGAUUAUGGAAUUAAGAUGCAGAUGUAGGUGAAAAAUAUCCAAGAAGAGCACUUGUAAGCAGAUUAGUAGAAAACAAUAAAAGAUUAAAUAGAAGAGGAAUACCUACAGCACCUGUAACUUCAGGUAUUUGUGAGAUAAAUUUAGAUGAA